AUGGGAGGCACUUGGUCUUUCGGAUUUUCAAGGGCUGCUGGGGCGCACCAGACACCACACGACAUGUGGUGCUCUUCUAAUGAAAGAAAUUUCUUGACCUCAUUUGUGCUAGUUAAGUUAACUCGUGCAAGAGCUUAUGGCGUGAGGUCUUUUAGGGACUUGGUUAUAAUCGAGAACCUUACUAAGUUCAAGCUUGGCCCUGGUCUUGUUAUAAGGGAGGCCUCUUUUGGAUAUUUGAGGAUGGCUCCUGACAAGGAAAUCGUGAUAAAGACACUGGUUGGCCAAAAGCGGGCCAGGGAAGCAAGCACUUCUAUGCCCAAGAAAUGGCCUCGGGAGUCGGCAGUGAUGGCAAAAUCGAUGAUUGACCCAUAAGGUCAAGGAAGUGCUGCAACCUCUGAUCCUCUUUCUACUCAAACAACGACUGAGGAGGUUACAACUACAAGGGCUUAAGGGGUCAUUGAAAGGAACCAUUCUAAAGAGGUCGAGGUUACUUCCUAGACAAUGCCUAGGUUAGAGAUGGAAACUCUCAGACCAGUUGGGUCUACUCUAAGCCCUUUUGCCCCAGCUCCCUAGGCCCCAAGUUUUCCAAACAACCCAUUCUGGCUAGUCACCAACUCAUAAGCAUCGUCCCCCAGGCUGACAUUAAGCAAUCUUCUAAAUUGAGUUAUAGCGAUAAUGCGAGACACACCCUUCACUGCUUGGUGGCUGUAUGACAUCCUCUCAUAUUUUCUCUUUCCUCUCUUGUAUGUUUCAUUUUUUUUACUAUUUACUUGGUCCUUUGAAGGCUACCACCAUAUCAACACCCUUGCUGCAAAGAUACACCAUAC